AGCCGAGUCGAUGCUGAUUGGUUACGAGCAGCGCACUGGGUCCUCGGUACGGGAUGAUAAUGCUGGUGGCGUUUUCGGGGUCGUGGGUGAGUGCUCCAGAGUGAGGUGUCGGCUGGCAACCGAGGAGCGGACCCGGCUCCAGGGUUUGCUCGUCUUCGUGGAUUUCUACAGGAUUCUCUUGUUUCCUCCCACAGUCCAAACAUGCGCAGAUUUGCUAUUCCUGUUUCCAUCUUUGACCUGACACAGUGGCCGUGACUUGACUGUUGUUUGAUCCUGACUGCUCCUCCAAGAACGUUUUUCCUCUCAGUGCAGCUAGCCUUUACAUACAGUUGUUUUCCUAUCACUCGGAGUUUAAGUUCCAGUCUCUGAUUGGAAUAGGGAGAGUGGAUUUCCAGAAUGUUGCUGAUCGUUUUCUCCAUCUCCCUAUGUUUUCCAUGGGCCUAUGCUGACUCUAAUUCACUGACGGUGCUGUACAUGGCAGUCUCUGGCAUUGAUGACUUUCCUGACGUGACGAACAUUGCAAUUGUGAAAGGAAUUCAACUUAAUUAUCACGAUACAAAGAUCCGGCGAAUGAUUCCCAGGCAGAAGUUCAUGGAAGACUCUUUCGGUAUAGAAACUUGGAAUGUUGUCACCGAUAUCGCAAAUUCACAUUCAACUAUAGCAAAGGAGAAUCUCCAUACAAUAAUGAAGGGGAUGAACCAGACCUCUGGAAUUCACCUGUUUCAAUGGAUAAGUUGUGCUGAAAUAACUGAAGAUGGCUCCGUUAAGAUAUCAAUGCGUUUUGGGUAUGACGGAAGAGACUAUAUUAGUUUAGAGCCAGAGAGAAUGAGAUGGAUUGCAACCAACCACCGUGCAGUAAUGACAACUGAGAAGUGGAAUUCUGAUGCAUCCUGGACCAAGUAUUGGAAAACCCAUCUGGAAGAAGUAUUUCUGGAGCAAUUGCUGUUGGAUUUGGAGGUUGGAAAACAAUAUUUCGAAAGGAAAGUUGAGCCUGAAGUGUUCAUCUCCAGGAGUGAACUCCGUCAUCAGGACAAGUCUUUCACUCUCUCCUGCCUGGUCACUGGAUUUUACCCAGUAGAAAUCGUGGUGACCUGGCUAAGGAAUGGAGAGGUCAUGUCUGAGACACAAUCCUCAGGGGUUCGGCCGAACCAUGAUGGGACCCAUCAGAUCCAGAAAGAGAUUGAAAUCAGUGCUGGGGAUGAGGAUCAAUAUUCCUGUCAAAUUGAACACAGCAGCCUGGCAGAGGCCAAGCUCUAUCAGUGGGAAACAGUGGAGGAUCAAAGCAGAAGCUCCACUGCAAGAAUUAUAACGUUGUCGGUUGUUGCUGCAUUGGUGAUUAUCGGGAUAAUUGCAGUAAUCAGAUGGAAAAGGCUGCGGUGAGAUUUGCCAAGGGUGACUUAAACAACAGCUUGCAGUAAGUGUCUGAAGCUUCUGAUGUCGCUGUUCUAGCUCCUUCAUGACUCAGUAAGUGACGUGUUGAUCUUCCAACCCAUCUGCUACUCCAUGGUUAGAUCUCUGGUUUGAUCAUUACCUGGGAUUGUGCUUCCAUUGAUUGAACAAGGGAUUCCAGUUCCUGCAAUUUGGGAUCCUGAUGUUUCAAACCAGACUUUGCUGCUGCUGCUCAAUGCAAAUGUUGCUUUGCAAUGUGAACAGCUUCACAAUUGGACAUCUCUUCAGAGCUGAUUUUUGCUCUCAUAAUUUCGAAUCUUGAACAAUGCAUUUCCAAAUACCGAGGUACAGCUUGCUUUGUUUCAGAGAUACUUUUAAACAGACUUCACAACACUUUUUUAGUUGACCCCAAAAUGCUCCAGAAAGACCAUUUGUUCAGAUACUCGAACCACGUGAGCUGACCAGACUAUUCUCGCCCUAACUCGUGACAAGAACAUCUGCAACUGGAAGCUCAGUUUUUUUUUGAUUGGCUUUGACUUUGUGUCAGGGUUCUCUUUUUUAAUCAUCUGAUCUUCAUUCCUGCUCUGAGGAAGCUCAGUUGAAUGUCAUUUUAAUUUUUAAUAUGACUCCAGUAUGUUUGCAUUUCACACAUGUAAAUUGAUGGAUAGAGAUGGAUGUGUACACACAUGCAGAAAAUGUUGGAUAAAUAAAUGUACACACAUGCUCACA